AUGGAGGCAGAUAUCGAUAUUCCAGAACCCACCUUAAACCACAUUAUCAAUGCGUCGACUUUAAAAUGGUAUUCGAUCUUUGUGGGAGGAAAAGGAGGUGUUGGAAAGACAACCACUUCGUGUUCUCUUGCGUAUCGCUUGAGUGAAAAGGGGAAAAAAGUGUUGCUCGUUUCUACGGAUCCUGCUCACAAUUUAAGGUAUGUGCAUUUGAAUUAUUCGAAUCGUAGUGAUGCGUUCAAGCAGAAAUUUACGAGUCAUCCUACAGCGGUGAACGGAUUCACCAAUUUAUUCUGUAUGGAGAUCGAAUCCAAUCCUCAAAAUGAUUUUAAGAAGUUCUUGCGACUUCCGGAAGUAAGUGAUGAAACAAGUUCGAAACUGGGUGAUUUGCUGAACUCUGUAUCGUCCCAGCUUCCAGGAAUCGACGAAGCCAUGUCGUUUUCGCAGCUCAUGGAGCAAGUCCAGAACAUGGAGUACGAUGUCGUUGUUUUCGACACAGCGCCCACUGGACACACUCUCCGUCUUCUGUCCUUCCCCACCAUCAUCGAGAAGUCCCUGGACAGCAUCAACAGCCUCAAGUCGUCAAUGGGCAACAUGCUCAGCCAGAUCACCUCGUUGUUGGGGAACCAGGGUCCCAGCCUCGACGACCUCAUGGACAAGUUCUCUGUGAUGAAAGAAACCAUCCACAAAGUGUCUCUACGCUUCAAAAACCCCGCGGAAACGACGUUUGUGUGCGUGUGCAUCCCGGAGUUUUUGAGCGUUUACGAAACGGAGCGACUGGUUCAGCAGCUGUCAAAGUACGGAAUCAACGUGAACUCGGUCGUGAUCAACCAGGUGGUGUUUCCGGACAAGGAUUGCGCGUGCCGGAAGUGCAUAGCGCGGCGGAAGAUGCAGGACAAGUACAUCACGCAGGUGUUCGAUCUGUUCGCGGACUUCCAUAUCUUGCUGGUGCCGCAGCUGACGGACGAAGUGCGCGGCGUGGAGAGCAUUCGGGAGUUCUCGCAGAUGCUGGUGGAGGAGUACAAUCCGGAGGAGCAUGGGGAAAUGUUGGAAGUGGAAUGGAGUGUUUGUUGA